AUGAACAUCAACAUCCCAAAUCUCAUCAAAUCCGCUGUCCCAGAGGCAGAGGGACGCAACGUGCAGAUUCUCUCAGACAACAGGUCUAACUAUCGAGACGGCACUUUUCUCUCUGGAGAUUUCCCAAGAAAUCCACCAAAGCUUUACAUAACCGGAGAGAAUGACGAUUUUGACGAAACAACUCUGAAAGAGUGGCGGGAUGAGGGAUUCAACGUCGAGUAUAUCUCCAUGGAGAGCUGCGGAGAUGGGUACCUCAAGAAGAUCAAGUCGCUGAGCAGGGAAAACAUGGCACCCUGUGAAAAAUUUGGAAUCGUCGCCUAUGACGACGCAGCAGCUGUGUGUCUGGAACAUUUUCACGUUCUAGACAACAACCCGGAAUUCAAACUGGGUCUUCUUAUUGCCUACUAUCCAACUCGCAUCCCCGACACCAAUGGAAAGUUUCCCAACAGUAUAAGCGCUCUUGUACAUCUCGCAGCUGGCGAAGAGAUAGGCGUUGUCAAGCAGUCUCAGAUGGUAGGCAUCCAGGGCAAGAAACGCGUGCGACGUACCAAGAUUAGCAGCGGCCUCGGUACUGGUGGAAAACUUGAUCUUGCUUACCCCAGCUAUACAUAUGAGGCUGAGCCUGGAUUUGCUGAACAUGAUCUUGACGAGUAUGAUGGGGUAGCAGCCGACUUGGCGUGGAGUCGGAGUUUGGCCGCUGCGAGAAAGGUCUUUGGUAUCAACCCUGACCUAGAAGUCGUUUUGGAAAAUAACAUACAGAGCAAACUCUUCUCCAAGAACUUGAACCAAGCCAUCUCAACAUACACAACGCACAAGACGCCUCACGUAACAUACAUGCCAACCUUGACAGGCGCAACAGGUGCCGAAGAAUUGAAGCGAUUUUACUCCGAAUCAUUUAACACACCGCCCUCCCUGAAAAUCACAUUACUUUCGCGCACCAUCGGAGUGGACCGCGUGGUGGACGAGAUGCACGUCCAGUUCAAGCACACCGAGCAAGUGCCUUGGAUGCUCCCCGGAGUCCCGCCCACAAACAAGAAGAUCGAGAUAAUCAUGGUCAGCAUAGUGGCUGUCAAGGGAGGAAGACUGUACCACGAGCAUGUUUACUGGGAUCAAGCGAGUGUGCUCGUUCAAGCUGAACUGCUAGAUCCAAAGCUGUUACCACAAUCUGCAAAAGAUCUAGGCCUCGAGAAACUGCCUGUGGUAGGACGUCGGGCAGCAAGAAGGGUGCGGAGGAACAGGGAUUUGAGCGAUGAUGAGGGUGAAGCAGAUAACGAGCUGAUUCCUGGCUGGAAGAACGGGAACAGCGGGAGUGAGGGAGUUGCUGAGCUGCCCUAA